GAUCCCUUCAGGACUCUUGGUCUUUUGGGCGCUGCACAAAUUGAGGUGAGGAAAGAGGGAAGAAAAUCCCCUGGAUCCCUGCAGGGUUAAUUUAUUCAAAAGGAAAAAACAGAAAAAUACUCAGCAUGCAAAAAUUUUGUGAAGAAAAUGAAGGAAAGCCAUAGAACAUGUCAAAGGGAGAAGACCGCCCUUUGGAAGAUGCACCACAGGAGGCAGAAGGAAAUCUUCAACAUUAUGGAGAAGGUGUAAGCCAGGAAGCAGGGGGAAACCUUAGAGGAGGGCUAGCUCAACCUGAGCAGGGAGUUAAGGAGGCUACUCCCGUUAGGCGUUUGGACCCUGAAGAAAUGAUAAGAGGAGUAGAUGAGUUGGAAAGGCUUAGGGAGGAGAUAAGAAGAGUAAGAAACAAGUUUGUUAUGAUGCAUUGGAAGCAAAGACAUUCACACAGCCGUCCUUAUCCUGUGUGCUUUAGUCCUUGA